AUGGCCCGCUUCGCGCCGCCGCAGUCGAGCGACUUCAAGGUCAGCCGCACGCACGCCGAGGAGAUGAUCGAGCUCGGCCGGCAGGCCGAGUCGCGGUCGUCCAUGGACGAGGCCCUGCGCUUCUACCAGCUGGCGCACAAGCACCAGCUCUCCUGGCUCGAGUCCGUGGCCCGCGGCGACGGGCGCGAGGUCAUGGCCGACGAGGCGUCGCAGCCCCUGGGGUCGUCGCUGAGCGAGAUCGCCAAGAUCCGGCGCCGCCUGGAACGCGAGCUCGAGGGGAAGGGAGGGCCGCGGCAGAGCGUGAAGCCGAGCGAGUCGACGUUUCUCGACGAAUACUCCUUUUUCUUGGCCCAGCGGUCCUGCCCGCCGCCGGCCUCGCCGCCGCCGCCGCCGCCGCCGCCGAAAGCGCGGGCCCCGGCGACGCGGGGCGCGGCGACCCGGCGGCCGCCGCGCGACCACGUCCGCGAGAACGUCGCCCGCGCGUCCCGGGCGCGGAAACCGCCGCCGCCUUCGUCGACGCGGUCGGCGAAGCACGCGAAACCGCCCUGGCUCGCGCCGUCGCGCACCGCGGCCGUGCCCGCGGUGACGGCGCGGCGGCCGCGGCGCCCCUGCGGCGACGCGAACGGCGCCGCUUCUUCCACCUCCAAGCGCCUCGACUUCGGCGCGCCGCCGCCGCCGCCGCGGCGCGUCGUCUCGCCCGACGGCGCCGCGGGCCGCGUCGAGCUCCUCGACGCGAUCCUCGGCAGCUCGCCCGAGCGGCGGCGCCGCGGCGAGGCCGCGUCGCCGCUGUCGCCGCGCGCGGCCGCGCUGCGGCGGCGCGAGGAGCACGACGUCGGGCCCGGCAGCCUGCGCGCCCAGCUCGAGCAGAAGGAGGUGCAGAUCGCCAUGCUCACGAAGCAGCUCGAGGCCGCAGGGCAGUCCGCGAUCACCGAGGUCGUGCCGCUCGCGGAGGCGAAACACCGGCUCCAGGCCGCGCUCGCCGUCAUCGUCGGCGGCGACGGCGCGAGCAAGCGCCGCGCCAGCGAGCGCCAGCUCACGCAGGCCGAGGCCGAGGCGGAGAUGGAGAAGUGGGACACGUUCAUCACGCACCACCCGGAGCACGUCGAGGCGCAGCGCGCGGCCAGGGAGCGGUGGUGGGACGCGAACGGCGAGGCCUGCGCCGACGCCGCCCGGGCGCUCAAGACCUGCGUGCCGCCGGACGUCUUCGCGAGCGGCACGAGCCGCGAGCGGCUCGUCGCCGCGGGGCUGAGCGAGGCGCUCGCGCAGCGCGUCUACGAGCGGCCCGCGCUCUGGCUCCUGCGCGCCGAGGACGCCUUCGCGGCGCGGGUCCACGACGCGGACCUGCGGGGGAAGUUCGCGUUUGAGGACCUGGACCUCCGCGAGCUGCGGGCGCUGUACGGCCGCGUCCGCGACCUCGCGUUCGAGAACGACGCGGCGCGGCGCAAGGACGCCUGGCGCGACGGCCUGCUCGAGCGGCUCCAGAGCCGCGUCGCCGCGGACGACGCGGGGUCUCUGGACAAGCGCAAGCGGCGCCACGCGGCCUACCCGGCGGACGACGGCGAGGUCCUGGGUCCGUUCGACGCGGACGCGCCCGUCGUCGCCGUCGUCACGACCUACGACGUCGCCGAGGAGGAGGACGACGACGCCCGGUCCCUGGCGGAGAUGAUGGAGGCGGCGACGAUGGGCGCCGAGGACGACGACGGCCGAUUCCGGGGGAGCGACGGCGACUCCGCGGAGGGCGAGGCGCCGCCGCCGCCGCUGGACGCGCCGCGGGGCAAGCGCGGGUCGAUCGUGUCCCUCGCCAAAGCCCAGCUCCGGCGGACGUCGUCCUUCGCCGACGGGCCCGCGGCGCGGUCCUUCGUGCUCCCGAAGAAGGAGACGACGGAGCGCGUGCGCGCGAAGCUCGCCGCGCGACCCGCGCGCGGCGGCGGCGACCUCAUGGCGGACCUCAAGAAGACGCUCCGCCGCCGGUCGCUGACGCCGCCCUUCAUCGACGACGACGACGACGACGACCCGCCGGAGCUCGCCGCGAAGCCGCCGCCGCGCGCGAAGCUCGCCGCGCCCGAGGCCGGCGAGAGCUUCCUCGCCGCGAUCCGCCGGCGGGCGUCGGAGCGCGCGGACCGCGUCAGUGGCUAA